GCGGCGUGUUCGAAUUCGAUGGUCGCACAACCUUCGAUUCUGCAGCUCAGUUGGCAAGAGGAGGAUGACCAAGGAGCUCGGUGCUGAGACUAUUGUGCACCGGCGCGCCGACAUUCGCCGGGCGACGAGCCUCCGCGACCUCGACGUGCGCGUCUUCCCGCUCGACGACGACGACGAUGCCAUUGUCACGAGCGUGUUUCCGUGGACGACGCUGUACGAGGUCGUGCUCGAAAACCGGAGUAGCGACGUGAGCUGGAAGAUCUACUGCACGUAUCGGGACGUGCGGCGCUAUCUCGAGCGCGUGCGCAGCCUCGCCAAGCACGCCAAGAGCACGCGCCUCCAGCAGCUGCGGAGCGAGACGCGCCGGAUCUUGCUCUGCGCGAUCUUUGCCGAGAAGGCGCCCGUGAUUGCCAAGCUCUUGCGCUUGGUGUUUGGCGCGAUGGCGGCGACGGCCGACCAAGUCGCGACCUGCGAUUUGCACCGCGAUCUGCUCCAUGCGACCAGCGACUUUUGCGCGAUCGAGUACCCGCUCGAGGUUCGCGCGAGCCAGCGCAUGCGCCAAAUGUCGGCAGUCGAAAGCGUCGCGGGCGACUGCUGCAUCUGCCUCAGCACCGAUGACGCCCCACACGUCGCGCUGCGCUGCGGCCACGUCUUCCACGAGACCUGCAUCUGCGUGUGGUACUACUCGCGCCUCAACUGCCCCAUUUGCCGGCAAUAGCUUCUUGCCGUGUCUAUUUAGUGCUUCGUGUAUACCCUCGUCAGCCCAUGUAUUCUACAAUCCAACUCGAGACUGCGGUAUGCUUGCACCGUCCGCGCCCUUGGGUGGGGGAGCGGGACCAACGCGGAUCGUGGAGUAAGAACAUAGUAUCGUACGCUAAGAACGCGGCUGCCCUUCUUGACGUUAAAACACACUUGGCGG